UUUCCGCUGGGACCAUUUGAGCCAACAACGAAUACCAGUUCAUCAUCAGCAUUGAAUGUAAAGCAAGAAGCUGUCGUGAUCCGAAAUUGUACGCGUGAAUUAUGUGCGUACGCGUCGAUUUUUACUGUAAGCAUUCUAUACAUGGCAUGUGCGAUUACUGCAUGUCCUUAG